AUGUUUAAUAUUGAAUCAUAUGUUACACCAAUAUUGUUGAGCUAUGUCGACAAAUAUGUACGGGACUUCAAACCAGCGGAUGCCCAAGUAUCUUUAUGGGCGGGCGGAGUUACACUACACAAUCUGGUUAUUAAAGCUGAUGUUCUACAAAAGGAGGUGGCUCUGCCAUUCACACUGGUUUCAGGCAGGAUUCAUGAGCUCCUUAUACAAGUCCCUUGGACAAAAAUCAUGUCUGAACCUAUUGUUGUCACCAUAAAUACCAUCGAAUGCAUUCUUAGUUUGCAUCCACCACCUGAAGAAACUCCACCAUCAGAACAACCCAGGACACAAGUAGUGGAAGCACCACCAGGUUAUAUGCAGGCUUUAGUGCGAAGGAUCGUCAGCAAUAUUGCGGUGCGCGUGCAUUCUCUCAUAGUGAAAUACGUGCAAGAUGAUAUUGUUCUGUCAUUAAACGUCAAACGGCUGGCUGUCGAUAGUGUUGGGACCGACUGGGAACCUUCAUUUGCUGAUAUCGAUCAAAACCAGCCAGCAAUAAGACGAUUGGUAAGACUCGACGAUCUCACACUGUGUCUGGAUAAGAGCGAUUCGGAUGGCAAAAUAAGAUUCUAUCAAGAACCACUUCUAUAUCGUUGCCAACUUGAUCUUAGGGUGUUAACACGCUUGGUGUCAGCGAAUACACGUCGUGCCCGAAGUCUUACUGUACAGCUGCGAUCUGGCAAACUUGCGUUUGGUGUUACCAGCGAACAGAUGGUAUUGUUAUUGCGGCUGAUAAGAGAAAGAAACUUCGAGAAGCAACCGCCACCUGUUGUCAAAACGGCCAGUGUGAACCUAUCCGCGCCAUUGCAUCCUAUAUCGUCCAAUACUGCUGAACCCACUCGUAGUGAGAGUUGGUCGGAGUGGGCGUGGUCAUGGCUGCCUACGUGGAUGGAUCGAGACGGUGUUGAGGAGACACCUGCACCAGCUGCACCUGUACCUGUGGCUUUUACAGCACACCUGGACCACGUGUCGCUCGUAUUUAAAAUAAUGGAAGUCGAGAGCAAUAAUCGCAAGCGUGCACGUGGUGUGCUAGAACUGAACUGUAUUGAUGCUGUCAUAAAGAGCUCGUUGUGUUCACCGACUUUGAUACGAGUGAGGGUAGGAGCUAAGACUGUCACUAUACAAUCGAUUGGGAAGUGCGUCUGUGGACAUAUUGAUAUAAACGCGGCCAACGACGAGCCAACUGUAUAUCUCUGUAAAGUUGUCAGCGAACAUGAUAUGCCGUGGAGCUGGGAAGAUGUUGAUUUGAACGAGGUGGUGGUUGAAACAGCGGUGGCCGCUGAAGAGGAGCUCAGAGAAGUCUCUGAAAAUGAAACACAGCAAACGGAAAAACCUAAUGUGGAACCCCGACCAGGAGUUCAAACGAAUGAUGAAGGGGAUCAGUUCUGGCAGAAGAUGGCGCCAGUUAUAUAUUUCGAAUACAACCACGAUAGGACUCCACUUAACAAUUACGUUAACCCCUACGAUAACCCACCAGGGGACUUCGAAUAUAGUGAUUGGAUAGAAGAUAGUAAUGUUAAAAUAUCCAUUCGUCCAAUCUUAAUAAGCGUGACCACUGGACUUUUACAUCGUUUGGCUGUUGUUAAAAACGUCUUUCAAGAAGUUCCGCUGCCGGCUGAUAGAGAACCUUCGAUGAGAAUAUUGACAGUGGAAGAAAAUGAGGCUCUGUCGGAAAACCUGCCGCAGCGGCAUACAGCCAUUGAUAUAACAGGUCUCCGUAUUAAAAUGUCGCCCUGGGAUCAUUCUCUGGUAGAAAAACCAGCGGAACCUCCUCUUGUAUUGGAUUUGCAGCUACCUAAAGCUACGGUUCUUAUUACCGGACCUUUAUACCCUCACAGGGUAUGUUCAGCGGCAUGUCAAGUGCCAGGUGAAUCCGGUCCUCUAUGGCAGGGGUCUAACUUGCAUAUCUCGGCUACCGUCACAGCUGUCCAGCUAGGAAUAUGUACUAACGACACACCUAGACCUUGCGCUCGAGCAGACCUCAGAUUUGUGACCCACACCCUACUAAACAGCAACUACUUCGGAAAAGAUAGCGUGUUUUUCAGCUAUAAUCUUAAAAUACGCGAAGCAAAUUUUUGCGGCUCAUCAGCCCGUCUACAAGCAGCUUGUCAAGUAAUAAAUUCAAUCGUAGCAGAGAAAUAUUCCUUGCCACUACGUUACACAACACUAGCAAAAGAUGCACUCGGUGAUGAAGAGAGCGUAGCGAUAGAUAUAACACUAGAAGAAUUGUCCAUCCGGGGUUAUUUGACGAGAAACAUCAAUACUCACAUAGUGACCAUGCAAAGCGCUCGAGCCACCGCCUUCCAUUCACCGACCGGAGGACAAGUUAAACAGGCAUGGCUGUUUUCGGCACCAGAAGCACCAACUACUGUUCCUUAUAUACGUGUUGCGGUACAAUGGUGUAAGGACCCAACGCCGGAUAUGUUGGAGUAUGCUGGCGUUUGGAUCGAACCUACAGCCUUCAGUGUAGAUCCUUUGCUAGUCGCGUGGCUGGGAUAUAGACCGAAACUUAAGAUUGUACCUACAGAUACGGUGCCACAAGUUACCAGCCUCCGUAGCACAUCAUCAUCUCAGUAUCUCCGCAGACGUGCCACACCGCCUGUAAGUCAUUCUGACGUCAAGUCAUCGAGCGGUCGCGGAGGAAGUCGUUCAGGAUCAGGAGCUGAGCUGGUCCACGUCCGACCGCGCAGCCAAGAAUCUAGUAGCGAACGAAGCGAACGAAAAGAUAUCAAGCCUCCGCCCAAAGUGACUAGACAAGUGAGUCAAUGGACAGAUGAUAAGCUACUGCAGCUACAUGAGCGCCUUAACCGGCUACUGAUUACAGCCGAAAUUGGCUUGGUUUUAGUAUAUGUGACGUCAUCUUCCGUAUCCGCCGUGGACUUUGCUACGGUGAGGGACGCUAUGGAAAGACACGCAGAGACGGGACACAGAGUACUAGUUCUUAGCCUCGGACGCCUAUCGAUGCACUCGAACUCGCAAAUGAAAUACAUUUGGCAGGAAGUGCGGCACGAUCAUCCUACACUGCGUCGGCCAAGACAAGAAGCAAACGUGACUGAAGAUUCGUUUCCUUGGAAGACUCGUCUAGCGGACGUAUCAUGUUAUACACUAGAAGUACAGGCUGGUGCGAGUACCUACGGAAGGGAAAAAUCUGCAUCAGGUCUUCGUUCUCAACUGAAGUCUACUGGAAUACCGAUGCCAAGAACUGUACUUGAUCUUGUCACCACGACUGUAACAUUGUCCGUUGUAACCAAAAGCCUCCAAAUAAAAACACGCAAGUUCGAUGUAAGGCAUAGACACACAGAACACAAGGAGGAAGAUAGAACAAAAUUCUUCACAUCCGGCGUUGAUUUCAAGCCUUCAUCCCUUAAAGAAUUCAUACGAGGACCAGUUAGGUUCAAAAAGAGUCCAGAGCCAGAAGAGACACCCCCCGCUCCCGAACCAGUUCCCGCUCAGACAACAAUUAAAAGCGGUCCGGUUGUAUCGCUUGGUGUAAACCUUCACGCUGAUACUCCGCCCGUACUAGUUAGACUAGAUCAAGAUCAGGUUCAAGCUGUUUCUAUAGCUAUUCACUGCUUCAGUCACAUAGUAUCGCUGUUGACGCGCCAGUCAGUUGUAACUAAGACUGGUUUUUCAUCCGUCGGCAGUUCCACCAAAUCGCUCAGGAGAUCUGUUUCUGAAAUGGACGCGAGACAGAGUUUAUCAGAGGAAGCCAGCGACAACCACUCCGAACAGCUGAUCAGUAUUUUUGAAUCACAUGAAUACAAUGCUCUAGAUACAAAACUGAAAACAUUCUUCUGGUUCCAAUGGGUUGUGAGUCGCGCAACUAUAGUUGUUGCGACUCCGCAGGUGAAACUGGCGAUAGUGAUUGAUGACGUCAUAUCCACCGUUGACCUUCAGGAACACUACAACCAGCUCAAGGUCAAAGUGGCGUCUGCUUCUAUACGUCAUUAUAAACGUACAUCCAGCGACGAUUGGACGCCAGGAGUACUCGGUGGUCGAAUUAUUGAAGUGCGGGAACCGGCCAAUGCAAAAGAGGAGAAUCAUUUCCUAGCUGUCACAAUUACUCAAGCAAGUAUCUCCAACUUGCCAGUGAGCUGGAAAGAAGAACUCCAUCCUAAACUCUUAGAACAAAAUGCUAACAUAGACAGCAUGUGGGAGGUGUACGCGACUUUAGCGCCGCUGGAGGCUGUUCUGCAGCCCGAUGUAUUAGAUUAUAUGCUAUGCUGGCUACAUGAUCUCACGCCGCAAGCUAUGUGCCCAUUAACUACUGACGACCAAAGUUCAAGUUCGUGGCAAUGGCCGUUCUUCUACGUAACGGCUGGUGGUUUGAGGUUGUUAUUGACUAACGGGGAAGAAGAUAAUGAUAAAGGAGACGACACCUUUAUGCUCAUUAUUGGCAAAGUAAGUGUAAAUCCGCAUCCAGAUAAUCCAAUAUGCAGGCAGUCGAUAAACGUCGUUGCUGAUAACAAUUGGUCGUCGCCAGCUCCGGGCUUCGAGGGACGUCAGUACGAAGUCCUUGUGAAAAACCUGGGAUUCAACUCAGCAAGGUUUAGCCAGAUUGUUAAUGAAGAGGCAACAGAAUCUGAAAUCCUAAAGGGCACAGGUAGUGAAAAUCCUGCUUUAAAAUGGAGCCAACCCAUAAUAUCUCCUAUCAUCACACCAAUUUUGCAUUCAAUGGACGUGAGUUGCGUGCUGGCGCCCCCUAUAUAUAGUUGCGGCGCUAUGACGUGCGGGGCAGCGGUGGAAUUGAACCUGCUAUCUGACUGCGUUGUAGAGUUAGCCGCAUGUAGACUCUGCCUAAUGCAAGAAAUGGCUCAAAGAUUCGCUCACGCAUUACGACACAGGGAAGACAGUUCAUUUGUACUUGAAGAAGAUGCAUCCUGUCCAUACUUACCCUAUCUUGUAACCCAUGAGCCAUCUGAUACAUCUCCCACUGACAGUGAGACAACUCUCUUUGAAGGGCGGUGCGAAAGCGAGGGGGCAAAGAGUGUUUUGGAGACAAGUCGCAGCUACAUGUUUGAUUCCGGUUUCGAGACGGCUUCACACUCUACAUAUAAGAUCAGACGUGAUUCGUCUUCGGUACCUCUUAAGAAGUCCGUGUCUAUAGCCGGCGUGGAUUACACGGCGAAAUCGUCAGAUUUUUUGGAGGUAUUCAUCACAAUGGGCACCAUCGACGUGUCUCUGUACGCGAGGGAUGACGGUUCGCCCGAAAUAACGGAACUUAAACCACCGCCGGGGAUAUUCAAGCCACAGGAGCCGGAUAAAGAAGUCUUCAAUCAGAUCAAGGUGACGGUAGUGGAAAAAAAGAGUACCCCAAAGGUAGAUGACAGUAGAGGUUCUAUGACGGCCUGCAGAAGUCUUACGGAGACACACAGGAAUGCUGACGUUGGAAAAACUAAAUUGGAUAGAUUGGCCCUUCAAUUCGCGAGAGAGACGGAAGGCAAUGUUCCGUUAGUUCACGCAACACUACAACAACCUAAUUUCUAUUAUAGAAAAAGAAGGAAACAGAAGACAAUACAGAUAUCUCUGUUCGACGCCUGGUUUGGUUUGGGUGCCGGGCCAAAUUCGACUUCUUGGAACGAACCAUUAAUGAUAACCGCCAAUGGAACCAAUGAUCCUGUCACCGAUAUACCACCAGCACUUGCCACACUUAGGAUCGACCUGGCUUCUGGGGGCUACAUGACAUUAACAAGCGGAAAUCCGAAGGGUGCGGUCAAAUUGGAAAUCGAAAGACCCGUACUAUUCGAAGUGUCAGCCGACCGAAUACGAAGAGUAAAAAAAACCAUCGAAUUGGUCAAAAAAACUAUUGAAUGUCAACAAAAAGAUUCAAGGACAAUGGCUGAGCAUAAAUCAAUAUUUUUAUACAACAUGAGACGCUACAUGGUUGCCAAUCAAGUGGAGAAUAUCUCGUUGCAUACUGGUCAAGUAGGGGUUCGUGGGUCGGAGGGUGUUGCGGGUUGGGGUGCAUUGAGGGUGCAAGUGGCUGCUGGUAACCGACCAGAAAAGAUGAACUGCAGGCUCUUACUGUCAGCACUACUGCUAUCAACUGGUGCACCAACGGAAUGCCGGCAUGUGUUACUACAGCCUAUGAUAGCCGGUGCGGUUUUGGAUGCCACGUGGGAGGCCUGGCGUCGCGCUGAAGGUGGACCCUCAGCUAAAGAGCCGACAAUUCGAAUGGGAAUAGACCUCGAUCACAUCACCAUAGACUUAAGACCUAGUGAUAUGACCACCAUUGUAAAAAUCAUUGACACAUUAAAGGAAUCACUCGAGAGUGAAACACCAUCAGAAUCCCCAAGUGCGGAGUUUAAACCUGUGUGUGGUCAAACGAGAUCCUCGUUCUAUGUCCCGCAUACUAAUUCUGAAACGAGUGAUCAAGCGUACCAUUACUAUAAGGACGAUUUAAGGAGCGGGGCGUUCAAGAUAAUAACAGGCGGCCAGUUACCGAUGGCCUAUCAAGUGAUGCUGCAUGGUAGCACGGUAUCAUGGAGAUACCCACACCCUAGAGCGAUCAUUAGACUGGUCGCCUUCCCUAUACCGGGACAUGUCGAGGAAGUGGAAUGUGCUUUAGAACUGUACUGCCCUCUAUUGAUGCGAUGGGAAACUUACGCGUAUUUCCAACUGCCAGUUAACGAUCCUCAGGAGUUGCAGUUCAGCGUUACACCAGAAGAUGCGGUAUUCGCUCUUAUGUGGCGAGUGAGAGCUUGUUCGGAUACACAACAGAAAAGUCAGCCGUUCGAGUUCGAUGCUAAAAAAUUUCUGCCAAGACAUGACCCUCUGGCAGGUGAGCCGGUAAUCGAGAGUGACUAUUACCGUCAAACGUGUCGUGUGUCCGCGGAACAAGUCUCUGGGGCGUUACGAGUCGACUCUUACUUCGCACCACGUCUACUGCCGCGUGCAAGACUAGCUUUACGCCUGGCCGGUGUUGAAAUACACGUUCACAACGAUAUAAGACAACUAUCAAAACAAACAAGUUUCGUGGAGGGUUAUUACGUUUCGCGUCCAUUAAUGCGUAGUCACCGCGUGUUGAGUUUAAGGACUAGGGAUUCGGCGAUACACGCCAUAUUCGCAUCCGCUUCAAGAGUUCUAUUCGAUAUGCACGUCUCGACCGAUCUCAUCGAUAGUGCGACCGGUACAAUGCAGGAGCUCGUCCAACAAUUCCACGUUCAAGGCACUUUGUCGCUAUGCUCCGAGCCCCGGCUUCGCCUGCGCGCGGGGGAUCUAAGGGUCAACGUACAUGUGCCCGGAGUUAGCACAAUCAGAGCAUUGGCUGAUGACUGGAGUGACGUCAUCAGCGGGGCUACGAUACCUAAGAGUGAAAGAAUUAUAGAUGUGACGGAGCAUCAUGUGGAGAGUAUAGAGAAAUGUCUAGAAGGUCGAGUGUCAUUAUGGGUUCAUAAUAGCUGUGCCGCUGCUUUGAGAGUCGGUCAAGAAGGCACCGAUGAAAUUGUACCACUGAGUUCGGGGGCAGCACUAGCAUACAGAUGGCGUUCACCGAUUGCGUCAAAGAAACUACGCUUUGCAGUGGCGAGUCCAUCAGCUGAUUGGCAUUGGUCUUCAAGUAUACCGUUUUCGGGUUCGGCCCGUGUUCGUGUGGAGGAUUCUUAUCUUUACGUGCACGUAACGGAUUCGGGAUCACGACGAGACAUGUAUCUAUCAGGGCGGCUUGUACUCGCGAAUGUACUGAGACACAACCUCUUGUAUAAGGUUCGGUCACAAUGUCCCGAGAAAAAGAUCUGGCAAACCGUCAGUUCUGGUGAAUUACUGGCAGAGAAUGUUGGACUUAGCGUUCUUUGUAAAUCCGACUGUGAAUCAAUAUUAAAAAUUAAAUUUACAUCCCACGAAUCCGGCUGGUCCGGUGACAUACCUCUAAAGGAAUGUCGGAAAGAAAAUGUACCCUGGCUAGUUAAAGUGCCCAGUGCUGGUGAUGUCUCCUACACUUCAGUGUGGUGUCGAGUUGUACGAGCUCGCAACACCGGUCGGAUCAUGGCUACUAUCUGGCCGUUUUACAUACUACGAUCAUAUCUAUCGCUAGACGCUGAUGUCCUAAUAUCUUCGGAUUCAAGCCCUCCUCAAAGUACAGAUACUCCGAUCAAAAUCGUUCAAACGGCUUCUGGCCACGGAGCAACCACACAUCUCAAUGCUCCUGGAACUACGGCCGCGAGACAUACCCUCACUUUCCAAUACAGAAAUCUAGACUGUCCCGUAACACGUGAUGCCGUGCCUCUUCACUACGGAGUCACCGAAACCUCGGUUUUUGAGAAACCUCCGUCGAUCAACGAUCUUGAAGAAGCUAUUGACGUCGUUCAGAAAUGGAUCAAGUCAAGCGGGAAAGAGGCAAAAUCUCUGUGGCCAUAUUCGAUAGUCAGAAAACAUUGGCCCGGUACUUGGUCACCGGCACUACUUCAGCCACGCUGUGAUGUCACCGUUCGUUAUACGCCGGUACGAGCAUGCGGAGGUUGUUCUCUUGAAUUGAGAUUGUGUCCUGUGGUGUUAUUAGCAAAUGCUUCACCAGUGGCGCUAACAUUACGAGCGCAUGACGCCACGCCAUUAUGUCGUUUGGAACCCGGUAUGGCUAUUGCCCCACCAUCCGCAGUUGUUCAGAAACCGUUCUUUAUGUCAGUCGAGAUGGGUCGCGAGACAUUUGUUAGCGGUCAACUCCAAGUAUGUAAAGAGGAGCCCGGCAGAUACGGAACUCCUGCGCCCGGCCACGUUACUCUAGAUAGGGCUACGGACUUCGCCAUACAGUGCAACCAAAAGGUUGCUCUACUUACAAUGUAUUACGAAAUAAAAGAAGACAUAAACGUCAUGGGCAUCACUUCUACAUAUAUUUUGAUGAACAGACUGAAUAGGGUGAUUUUGGUGGCUGCUAUAGCGAUACCCAACGAAAUGGAUACGAAGUCCGUUUUACGUCCUAAAGCUUUCAAACUAGUGCAUCCUACUAAAGAAAAUAGUCUGGAAGGUACACCGCUAUGUCGUUUUUGGGUUAGUGGUCGCUGGCGUGGUGGGGAUGCGGAGGAAUUACGUACUUUCCUUUGCUUUGCGCUUCCCACGGAGAAGUCCCACUCGGCGCCAGUGCCAGUUGCUCUUGGAACGAGUCCAGUGCGAAGAUCGAUCGCCUUAACAGACGAUGAAGGACAAUCUGUAUGCGUGACGGUAACCCAAGUUCGUCACGAGGCUCGCUGGGUGGUGACAGUCGCGCCAGACCCGUGCCCUCAGCUGGUUGUUCAAAACCACACCGCCACCGCUUUAAUGGUUGCGGAACCAGUUGCUACUGAGAACCCCACCAAUAACGUAGAGGCGGUGAACGAGUGUACGAACGUACUGUGGUGGUGUAACGUAGAGGCGGGGCGGAUGACGCACUAUUCUACUCCCGGCUACUGCGCCAGGUACCCACCACCCCAACAGACUACUAAGCAGCCUCUACCAGUCAUUACCGUCAGACGUGCAUCAGAUGGUUUCUCUGACUGGAGUCAGCCGAUAGCGAUAGCUGACGGCGAACAACUAGUGCAGCUGUCUGGAGGUGUUACUAUCAAGAUACGAAUACGAACACACCCACACUCUACUCUUGUUGAACUGCAAGAUGUUGAUGAGAACGAUAUAUCCGCGAGUGAUAUAAGACGACGUCUUAUUGGUGUAUUUUCUGAAGAAUCACUCUCAUUGCAAGAAGAGAAAGAAAUGGUGUUAUCUUACACUCAGAAAAAAUUGCGGCGAACCAGUGCUGCUGACAAACUUCUAGAACCGAAGCUCGAGAAGGAAAUAUCAGAAAAUACACAAGCAGAGGAAGUGACGCUGUUGUCAGCUGAUAGACAGACAGACUUGUUGUCAGCAUCACAGAUUGUGACCGAGGAAACUCCGCCUCAAGAUAAAUCUAAUGAAAAUGAUGAUAAGAAUGAUCAAAAGAAGGAUGAUAAAAAAGACACGGAUCAAACAGUUAUGACUGUGGACACACGCCGCGUCAGCAUUCCCGAAGCUAACACCAGUGAUGUACCGAGUGCGGUGACAGUCGCUCGCAAUGAUUCCAACGAACUAUCUGAAACAUCUAUUCUACUAGAAGAAGUCUACGAAAAAGAUUUAAACAGCAGUAGCGCUACAUGGUCGGAGGUGGAACGUGUUCGUUGUGUGAUAGGAAGUAUAGCUGUAACAUUCAGCGGAGCCCCAGAUGUAUUGCCGUUACUCGCGCUGCAUUUACAACGUGCGGCAAUAAUUGUUAAUGCAGAUUCUAGGAAAAUUCGUACUACAAUAUCGGUAUCUGACGUGCAAAUUGACAACGCGCAAUAUGAGACGGAGCAGUACGAUUUCGCGGUGGUGGCAACAACUCGUUCAGAGGGUCACGAACCAGAAAGAUGGCCACCGCUAUGGGGUAUGACGAACGAACUGUUUGCAACAAGACGAGCCGAGGCCAAAUUGCUGUUACAGACGUGUAAUGAUAAAUGGACAGUCGCCGGAACGAGUUUUAAUGAGUUAAUGGAAGUAGAGCUCCGUCUUGGUCCUCUCGGUCUCUACAUAGAAGACGCGUACUUGGGCGCAGCUAUCGAACUCUAUCACUUAGCUGUUCCGAUGAAAUCGCAUACAUCGGAGUCUCUAGUGCUGGCUGAAUGCAGAACUCUACAAAACCCCGUGCGACUGAGAAAAUUACAUGUCCAUCCUCUAAACCUAACCCUCACAUUGCAUACUGCUGUUCGCAUGUACAUAGCUUUGGACGAGAGUCCCCUGCGACUGAGCGCGUUCAUGUUACAAGAUGUGAUGACGUCACCAGAGAGACUUACACACGCAUUCACAGUACAUUACCUAUCAGCUGCUAUACUUGGAGCAGGCUGGGUGGUUGGUGGUCUUGAACUGUUGGGUGCUCCGGGGGCUUUGGCUGCUCGUGUCGGCAGCGCGGGGGGCGGGGUGAGGGGCGUGGCUUCAGCAGCGGCAGCGGCACUACUACGAUCAUUAAGUGCCGCUGCCGGCUCGUUGGCAAGGAACCUUGACCUACUUGCAGGCGACCACGAACACGCAAGACGAGCAGCAGCAGCCAGGAGGCGACCCCCUCAGAGUCUCAUGGCUGGUCUAGUCGCAGGAAUCACAAAUUUCGCAAUUAAUAUUUUAGGUGCUGUUGGAGGUUUGGCUCAUCAUCCGCUAGUGGGCGUGGCUGUUGGCGAAAGUGGUAGUGGGGCUGCAGCAUUACGUAGAGGGAUUCUUGGCGCGAUAACUAAACCAUUAAGCGCUACAGCUGACCUUGUGGCCUACGCCGGUCACGGACUUUUAACGCAAACUGGCUGGGACACUAUACCACAGCCUCGUCCGAGUAUAUCGUCUGGUUCAUCUGUGAGUGGUUGGCGUAGAGACUGCGUUCGUUGGUCUUUUCGCCUGGCUGAACUGAACGCGCUGGCCGGUUACGACGCGCUACUCGACCAAGCGGCGCUACAUUUAUUACUUACACACAAGUUCCUUGUGAUCGCCGACCCUGAGACUGAACGCAUCGUUGAGAUGAUCGACUUUAAGACCUGCACGCUUGGACCUUAUGAAGGGCAAAUUAUAGAGAUCCACGUAUCACAGAAACGCGCUCCAAGAAUAUCGGAAUCUCGUGCUGUGGUGGACGAAGACAAUGAAUAUCACAUAAGCGCAGCGGCAAUGGCUCGAGUGGCGCGUUACACUGGCGCUGAGGGUUACAACUCGAACGAAUCCCGAGUAUUAACACUACUGCCAGCACCCGGCGUUUCUCACGCGCUUUACGCAGCCCUAGCCGCGGCCUUACACCACAACGCCAACACACACUUUCCAUUCAUGUAA